CAUACAUACACACACGGCAUUUCCAGUGGAGAUUGGCACAGACACGCAGCGCCACGGUAUGUGUCGGUACGGACUGCUGAAACUUCAGCGCACAGAGGCGGAUAGACUCAUCUAGCUCGUCCCAGAUAGUGGAUUAAAUUCACGUUUCUUUUCUUUUUCCUCUUCCUCCUCCUCCUCUUCCUCCUCCUCCUCCUCCUCCUCCUCCUCCUCCUCCUCCUCCUCCUCCUCCUCCUCCUCCUCUGGUUUCGUGUUACAAAGCCCUGGGAGGGAGUUGCGUGGAGAGCCAGUUCCUCUGUGUAGAAACUGAAUGACAGGAUCAUAUGGCUUAAUUUGCCUUAUAGUCCAACCUUAAAAAAAUACCAAGAGGAAAUAAGGAAAAGAGAGGAAAACCAGCGGGCGAAUUCAUCUGAAAUUGAUGAGCAAUGUGGAAUAAUUUGUAACUCAAAUUCAGAAACAAAUCCGAGAUAACGGUGAAAGAAAAGGGAUACUGGAUCUGUCGUCGGAGCGGAAAGCGCAGGACGCGGAGCCCGUAAACAUCCCUGCUAUAAUAAGCCCAAUGUGACCUUCAUCUGAGUUGAGUGUCUCUGUUCAACCUUCACGAAGUGGCGAACUCACUGAAAGGAAGAUUAAGAAGAAAGCCCAGGGAUACGCGAGGGAGGAGAAGAAAAACAGGCUGCCAGGAGCUGCUCUCUCUCUCGAGUCCCUCCGAUCAGCCGAUUGAUCCCUGCAUCCAUCACUCAGAGGCAGUCUCGACCAAUAGGAGCCGACAUGGGAGCCACGGGCGGGACGAAGGUCUUGCUCCUGGUGUUUCUGGUUGGAUGGGAGAAGUCUCUUGGUCUCAACUGGAACCCAAUCCCACGCAAGACUGUUCGAUACCAGGAUGUGUUGGACAGCAUGGCGAGGUUCAGCGUUCAGGGAGUGUUCAACUACAGCAUGCUGACGCUGUCCGACCACGAGAGGGUUUUAUACGUCGGAGCACGGGAGACCUUGUUCGCCCUCGACCCGAACAACAUCAACAGACAGCUGCGGCCUCAGAUCGAGUGGCCGGCUCCGCAGGAUAAGAAGAGGGAGUGUGUGGCCAAGGGGAAGAACAACCAGACCGAGUGUUUCAACUACAUCCGCUUCCUGCAGAGCUACAACCACACACACCUCUACACCUGCGGCACCUACGCCUUCCAGCCCAAAUGCACCUAUGUGAACGCAGACUCUUUUACCCUGAAUCCUGCAGACCUGGAGGAUGGAAAGGGUAAAUGCCCAUAUGACCCUGCCAAAGGGCACACUGGCCUUAUAGUGGAUAAGGAGCUGUACUCGGCAACGCUCAACAACUUCCUGGGGACGGAGCCAGUGAUUCUGAGGAAUCUGGGCGUACAGCACUACAGCAUGAAGAGCGAAUACUUGCCCGCCUGGCUCAAUG